AUGACCGAACCCCUUCGCUACUCCAAAGAUGGCAUCUCCAUCACCAAUGCGACACCGGAGAACAUCCCAGUCAUCAAGGAUAUGGUUCAUGCUGCAUAUUCAAAAUACAUCGAGCGGAUUGGCAAACCACCAGCCCCCAUGACGGCAGACUAUCGAGUACUCAUGCAAACACAUGAGAUUUUUCUUUUGCAAAAACCCAAUGGGAAGGUGAUGGGGUCAAUUAUGCUUCGAUCUGAUCUACCUUCCAACUCAAUUGAGAUCAACAACCUCGUGGUCGAUCCUUUGGCUCAAGGCCUUGGAUACGGGCGAAUUUUGAUGAGCUACGCAGAGAAUAUUGCCAAGGCACGGGGUCACUCUAGCCUGACACUCUAUACCAACGUCAAGAUGUAUGAGAAUCUGGGACUCUACGUCAAACUUGGCUUUACUGAGAUGGAAAGGAAAGUGGAAGAUGGAUUUGAGAGGGUAUACUUCCGAAAACCGUUGCAUUGA